AUGGCUCGUGCACACGCACUUGCGGGGCCUCUUCUGAGAGAAGAGGCCCAUCUGAGCUUUUCAGGAGGUGGUUUCCUUGGAAUUUACCACGUCGGUGUCGCCUUAGCAUUCCGUGAUUUCGCUCCUCAUAUAGCCAAACGGAAAGUACUGGGAACGUCGUCGGGAGCGUUGGCAGCCAUGUGUCUCGUGAGUGACUUCCCGAUGGACAAAGCUGUCAACAAUAUCGUCAAAAUGGCUAAACACUGUCGGAGCUUAUCACUGGGGCCUUUGCAUCCGAAAUUCAAUAUUUUCGACAUCAUGCGAGGUGAUCUCGAAACGUACAUGCCGGAGGACGCUCACAUCCGAUCCUCGGGCAGACUCUUCGUCACAGUCACCAACGCCCUGACCCUGGAAAGUGAAAUAAUCACGAACUUCGAGUCGCGUGAAGAACUCAUUGACGUUCUGAUGGCUUCGUGCUUUAUUCCAUAUUUCCUAGGGUUCGUUCCACCAAAAGUGAGAAAUACUCGGUACAUUGAUGGCGGUAUCAGCUGUAAUAUUCCUGUGUUAGACCAAUACACUAUCACUGUUUCCCCGUUCCCGGGCGAGAGUAUAAUAGGUCCUCGGUUCGGUAACUUACCCAAAGUGGCUUUCAUGCCAGAGACGGCUUUACGCCUGUGUAAGACCGUCUUCGCACCACCAGCAUACGUCCUCGAAGAGCUCGUUCACCAGGGUUAUGAUGAUGCUAUAAACUUCCUACAGGAGAGUAAACUGAUUUCGUGCAGCGAAUGCUUGACUCAAGACGUCGGCACCGGGUCACAUCGGAAGCGAUGUGAGAAAUGCGAAGAACUCCUGAGACUUUCCGAUAUCACGAACGUUCCGCGAUCACUCCUCAGAUCCUUGGAGUUGACGGCGAUGCAAGAGCAGGAAGAACGGCGUUUGCACCCAUACUUGCACACGUCGUUGGCGAGAUCAAUGAGAAUCGCGGUAGGAGUCGUAGUCCUCCCGUUCGAGGUGUCGUGGGCGAUCGCAAGAAAAAUGUAUGAGACAAGAGAGCUCUUUCUGAACAUUUUCCUCACUGUAUAUCGCGGUUUCCUCGACCUGAUCAGAGGACUUGGUCCCGCGAAAGAUGAGUGCAGACCCUGUGGGCCAUCACGCUUGGAGGACAGUUCCAAAGCAGCUUCGAAAGAUUGUGAGCACAGGACAUGCUCGAAACAAGAUUCAGGGAGUCGGGCCUGAUCCAUUGGAUCUUAUCUCCAGCUCCCGUUUCUCUCAAGAUGGCACUCCGCUCGAGCAGAAAUAUGGUGAUACCCACGAUUGAUUACUCCACCUUAUUUAUGAUGGGAAGAGAACCAAUGUGAAUUUAUACACAUAGGUAUCGAAAACACUUAUUCGGCCUUCGUCUGUCCGAUCCGAGUUUGCGAAGGGUCCACCGCACGCCACUAUGUCG